CGGAUGACGUCACAGCGUUAGCUUCAUCGGGUGACGUCACGGCUGAGGCAGCACGCGCGCGCGGUUCUAGCUUCGCGAUCAAAUAAUGCCCCGGAGGCAGAUUCCUCUCGACAAUUCUUCACUUUUUAACCACGAAAGCUGCCUUGAGGGCGGUUAUUGACGACCGAAGGUUACUAAACGGGGAAGUAAGGGGGUGAGGUGGCCGCGUCGCCAUCUUAGUUAGGGGUAGGCGGCGUGGGUGGUGAUGGUGGUGUUGAUGGUGAUGUGGGCACGUUGGUGAUGGUGUUGAUGGUGUUGUGGGCACGUUGGUGAUGGUGUUGAUGGUGUUGUGGGCGCGUCGGUGAUGUUGAGAUCCGCCCUGUACCACCUGCUGCUGAUGUUGGCUACUGCAGGUGACUCGCAGGAGACCGGGCUUGUACAAGUGACGAGGAGAGUUCUCAACUCGGGCUUCCAUCGGGAGCUGGUGUCCGUCGUUUCGGGCCGGGGCCCAGCCCCGCAGGUGGUGCUGCUGCGGGAGACUCUCCCCGCCGGCCUCUACUCCGACCCCUACGAACUCUCGGGGUCGGAGUUUGCGCGCCACUCCCAGGCCGUGUUCCUGUCCCGCGUGGACGUGGAGGCUCCGGCCUCGCGCGCCGCUCCGCUCCAGCUCCUGGUGUUCAUCUCCGCCGCCGCCGUCGCCGUCGCCAGCGGCGGGGGACCGGCCUGGACGGCCAACGUCUCCCUGCCCGUCCACCUGCGCUACCACGCGCCCGCACAGCCCGGCCGGCCGCCUCGCGCCCACGUGCUGCUCGGCGGCCCCCUCGUGCUGCUGCCGUGCGACUCCCCGGGGCGGCCGUGUGACGGGGCGGCUCCGCGUGACGUCACGGAGGGCCCCUGCUCGGCCACCAACCAAACGGUCUGCCUGUGGAGGAGAGCCACCCUCGUCGCCCAGCAGCAGGAGGAGGUCAGCCCGCAGGCGCUGUCCGUCCCCGUGGGCAGCCUGGACCACGAGCCGGCCGUGCUGGCCCUGACGCUGCUCACCGCCCUGGGCUGCUGUCUCCUGCUGCUGCACGCCAGCAGCAGCACGAGGCCCUGACACUGCGGGGGGUGCUGUGGGGGGUGCCGUGGGGGGUGUCGUGACACCGUGGGUGAUGCUGUGGAUGUCGUGACACCGUGGAUGUCGUGACACUGUGGGUGAUGCUGUGGAUGUCGUGACACCGUGGGUGUCGUGACACCGUGAGAGGUGUCGU